UUGCUCCGCGCAACCGGAGCUCUCGUUUGAGCACCACAGCGUCGCACGCCAAGCAUUCUACCCCGAGAUACAACCGAGGGAGCCACCACAGCUCCCGCUGCUAGCCACCUUCAUCGUUUUCUUGGGAUUUUUGCUAAGCAUGACCCGGCGCAAGGUGGACGAGGAGCAGGUUCGGAAGGCCUGUGCAGCGAUAGAUGAUGGCAUGUCGGUUAGGAAGGCUGCUGAGGUCUUUGGGGUAGGUCGUACGUCCAUCGUAGACCGCCGCCGUGGCAAGGCGGCCAUGAACGCGAAGGUUGGUCCCGAGACCAUCCUGAGCAAAGAAGAGGAGGAUUCGCUGGAAUAUAUUCUGCUGUUUGCUGCUCGCAACUUCUUGGCUGUGGAUCGGGUUUACCUCAGAGAUGCGGUGCGACGACUCUGCAACGACGGUCGGCGGAUCCCUUGGGAUCCAGAGAAGGGUCCGGGGAAAGAUUGGCUUGCGGGCUUCCUUCGUAGGCACCUACGGGUGGCGGAGCGCUCGACCCGCAUCUUCGAGGCAAACAUGAUCACCGAGGACGAGGAGCCUCGUAUGGUGCAGUUCUACGAGAGAUGGGCAGCUCUCCUCGACGAGGUCAAACCGGAGGCCAACCACGUGCACAAUACGGACGAGACAGAGCCACCGCGUNGACAUCGGAGAAAGGGCCCUGAGGCUGCUGAGGGGGCAAGGGCACACCGUCACGGGAAUCCGAGUAGGCACGGUGNGGACUGCAAGGUGGUUGGUUCGAUGCGCUCCAACUCGCGAGAGAACACCACCGUGGUCGCUACCAUCAGCGCUGAUGGUCACACCUGGGCACCAACCAUUAUCUUCAAGGGGCAACGACUUCAGGCCGAUUGGUUUGUAGAGCGAAACGGCCUAGAAGGUGCGAAGUACACCUGUACGGAUUAUUCGUUCAUGCAGGGAGACCUAUUCAUCGCCUACUUGAAGGAUUUCCACAAGCAGCUCUGCGACCGAGGGUUGCUCGACGGAAAACCCCACAUACUCUUGCUCGAUGGACAUGCAUCACACGUGAGCGUGGAGGUAAUCAAGCUGGCCAUGAAUCUCAAAAUCAUCUUGUUCCAGCUACCCUCCCACACGUCGCACAUCACCCAGCCCUUGGAUGUCGUCGCCUUCGGAAGCUUUAAGAAAUCGGUGACCAGAGUUUUGGCGUCCUUCUACCGCAACUCCGGCGGCUUGUUGCCGCUGAAACGCGACAUGCCCGGCGUGAUCGCGGAUGCCUGGAAAUUGAGCUUUACACCGGAGAUAAAUAAAUCAUCAUUCGCUGGGGCGGGCUUGUGGCCUGUGAACAAGGAGCGGGCGCUGGGCCGGCUGAAGGGCACAGCGACGAAGAAAGAGCGGCGAGACGAGCGCCCACCCCUACAGGAUGUCCCCAUCGCCGCCCUCAACGAGCAGCUGGAAAAGACAUCGGAGAAAGGGCCCUGAGGCUGCUGAGGGGGCAAGGGCACACCGUCACGGGAAUCCGAGUAGGCACGGUGUUACUCGGUGGCCUCUUGACUCAAAGGAAGCGCGCGAAGAAGAUGGAGACCUCGCGGGGCUCGCUUGGCCUUCCCGACGGAGGUAACAUUACCGCGCCUGAGUUCCUGGACGCUGUUGCCGAAAAAGAACGCGAGCGGGGGGAGGGAGGCGGGGGCCGCGGUAUUGGUCGUGGAGACGGGGUGGGAGCGCGUGGCCGGGGGGGCGGCGCGGCCGGGUGGGGGGGCGCGGCCGGGUGGCUGGAGCAGAAGGGACGACUUUGUCGGAACGCCAACCAGCGCCCUCCGUGUCCAGGGUCGGACGACAACGGACGCCGACACCCGUUGUCGAGGUGUAGCCGUAUGGAUAUUUCUCACUUGUCCUGACAGGUUCAGAUUUGAAUCGAACACGCCCAAAUGGUCAUGAAGUUGUACCCGCAGUCGAUAUGCACCCUGUAGAACGUCGCAUGUGGUUCGUAGGCUAUGCGACGGUGAUUUUAGGGCGUGCCAGCACCGGGGGGGCAGGAUGCACAGGUUUUGAACCCAACCCGAGAAUGUCAUCGUUUUGUCCCCGGGUGACCUGUGUGUGUGUGUGUGCGUGUGUGUUCGUUUGCGUAGAUGUUUUUCACAUGCUUACAGGUUCCCUCAAAUGCGCUGGUCGCGGGGGUGCAAAGGUGUUUUGAAACUACAGUUUUCGGCGUUAAUUCUUACCGUGGCGGCAAGCCUAAAAUCAGGGGAAAAGUAUCCUUAUUUGACCUUAAAUAUAUCAUCAGGUGUGCUCCAAUGGUCGUGGAAUUGUGCGUGCAGUCGAAACAUACCCUGUAGAACGUCGUGUGGUUCGUACCCUGUUUGAUGGUGACGUUCGUGCGUUCCAGUACCGGGGGGGGAAGGGAUGCACGGGUUUAGACUGAAAACCCGGGGACGCGGUGGUCCUUUCCCCGGGGUGGCUUUUUUUUUUUGUUCUGAACAUGUUUCUCACUCGUGUUUAAAGAUCCCCUCCAAAGAAUGUGUCGUGGGGAUGAAUGAGUAUUCCUCAAUGGUGGAUACAGUUUGGCGGUGUUUGGCGUGAAUUCUUACCGUUAGCGGCAUGCUAAAUCAGGAAAAAGUACCCAUAUUUGACCAAGC